CGGAGACGAAACACCAGAGUUAACAAACAGCAAUCGACCGAACUAUACACAUUGUGAUAUUAGCAUUUUUAAGCUAAGACAAACAAGCAAUGGCAGAGCAAAACCAGAACACCAACCAGCAGGAUGUGCCAACCAACGGAAACGCUGUCCGGAAUGACGACAGAAAGCUCUUUGUCGGUGGACUAAGCACGGAAACUACGGAGCAAGACCUGCGGAACCAUUUCGUCCAGUACGGGGAAAUUGAGAAUGUUAACGUCAAGACCGAUUCCCAAACCGGUCGGUCCCGGGGUUUUGCGUUCAUCAUCUUCAGCAGCGCCGAAUCGCUCGAUAAAGUCGCUGCAGCCGGAGACCAUACCAUCAAUGGGAAAAAGGUAGACGCCAAAAAAGCUAAAUCCAAACCGGGGAAAAUUUUUGUGGGUGGAUUGAGUCCGGAAACCAGCGACGAGGAAGUGAAAACGUUCUUUGGCCAGUUUGGUACGGUUGUGGAGGUGGAGAUUCCCUUCGAUAAGUCGAAGAAUCAGAGGAAGAAUUUCUGCUUUAUUACGUACGAGUCGGAAGCCGUGGUGAAGGACCUACUGAAGACGCCCAAGCAGACGCUGGGAGGUAAGGAAGUGGAUGUGAAACGUGCAGUGGCAAAGCAGGACGGUAUGCAAAUGGGUGGACGUGGUGGAAUGCGCGGAGGUCGAGGAGGCGGCUUCGGCGGAUCAAGACAAGGCUGGGGUGGUGGUCAAGGUUUUGGUGGAGGGUAUAAUCAAGGUGGUUUUGGCGGAGGAUACAACCAAGGCGGCGGUUUUGGUAAUGGGUUUGGUGGUGGGUACGGUGGUAACAAUUUUGGCUUCGGAAAUUAUAAUAAUUUCGGUUUUGGUGGCUUCCACGGAGGAAAGCAGCGAGGACGCGGAGGAAAUCGCCAGUACCAACAGAGGCCGUACUAAAAAUUCUGUACAAUUAUCGUAAGAAAUGAAGAAUAUGUAGAUGGCAAAUAAUAAACAUUGAAUAAAUUUAUAAAUUGAAA